AUGAAAAAAAUCUACGGUUCGCUUAUUGUUAUACUCGAAUUAACGUUUAUAUUAAACGAAGGUUUAUCAUUUGCGAUGGAAACAUCGACGACGACGACGACGACGACAGAAAAAUCCGUUAAAAUCGAUGAUGAUGAUAACGUUAUCAAUAAUAAAACGACGACGACGACAGGAAAAUUCAUUAUCAAUUCGAAACCGACGACGACGACGACGAUAAUAAUAAAUGAUGGAGAUAAAACAACGGAAAAUGUUAAAAUUGUAACGACGACGGAAUACGUUACUAAUUCAUCCAGGAUUACGACAGUAAAACCUGAAAUUAUGACGUCAUCAUCCACGACGAAUCGUCCGAAUGAAAAAUCAAAAGAUUACAUUAAUAACGGUAAUAAAACCGAACCGAAAAUAAUGGAAAUAAUGACGAAAAUAACGGAUUCGACGAAUGAAAAAGAACAAAAUGGCGGCGGUGGAGUUUACGGUCCUAGAAUCGAUGGAAUCGAAGCGAGAUUCGAACCUGUUAAACAUGCAAUACCGGAAAAAUUAAAAGAAAAAUUGGAUGCUUUGUCCUGUGACGUACCACCAUUACCGAGUGAAUCCACACUUUGGAACGGAAAUGAAACUCGGGAUUUAUCCCUUCCAAUAACGGUCGUUAUUGAUAAAUUUUAA